AUGUUUCUAAUACUAUUAUUACUUUAUUAAGUGUCUUGUGGGAGAGUUAGACCAUAUGGACCAAGAUCACUAACAAUGUCUAAUGUUAACCCUAAUGGGUAUUUUGAUUAGAUCAAUUAUAUAUAGUUGGUCCGAAUACAAUUUUACUAUGAUAUUUGAUACAACCUUACCAUCAUCAGGAAUUUUAGUGAUUGAGUUCCCUGAAGCAAAUUAUCCUGAUAGAUUAGGAUUACGUCCAGAUACAAUUUUAUAUGCACCUUACCCUCUUACAAGAACUUUUGUUUAGAAUGAUAGAUCACUGGAAAUUCAAUUAGGAGAAUGGCCAAUUGAAACUCCUUUGACAGUAACAAUUUCAGGAAUAAUUAAUUCAUAAAAAUAAGGAGGCACUGGAAAUUUCAAAGUCUAUACAAAACUUAAUUCUCAUAUUGUUGAUAUUAAUAGAAAUUUUGCUGUUAUUGGAUUAGCAGGAGAAACAAUACAAUUAUUAUCAGCAUAAAUGUCUAUUGAUAACAAUUAUGCUGGAGAAGUUACAAAUUAUUUAGCAUCUCUCUAACCUAGUUAGGAUUUGGAUAGCAGAAUUGAUUUCAUUAUUUAAUUCCCAGAAUUAUAUGAUCUUUCCCAAUUGAAAAAGUGUACUUGUAAUGUUUUCACUCCUAUUUGUACUGUACAUAAUAAUUUUAAAAAUUAAAUUCUUGUAUCAGGCAAUCAAAAUUCUAUUUCAAAAGGAACUAGUGUUUAAAUAACUUUUAAUGAUAUUGUUAAUCCAUCAAGGAAAAUGAAAACACCUCUUUUUAAUUUUAGAGUAGUUGAAAGAAAAACAAAUAAUACAUUAUAGGAAUCAUCAGCAGUUAAUGGGUUGGAAAUCUUAGCAGGAUAGAUUAAAUUAGUCUAAUUGGAAAUUCUUUAUUAUUAACCUUAUAUCUAUUACAAAAGAGAUUUUAGAUUAUAAUUUAGACCUAAAAAUGGAUUUUAAUAUGCUAAAAUAUCAACUGAUUUUUAUGAAAUAUUGAGUUGUCAAAUCACUAGAGGAUUAUUAGAUCCAAGUAAAUUUUAAGAUAGUGUAUGCAGUCCUUUAGGAAGAGAUAUGUUUUUAUCUAAUUUUUAAUCAUAUGUAGAAUCUGAUUAUAGUUAUGAAUUUGUAGAAGUCCGUUUUAAAGCAAGAAUUGGAGAUAGAGUUAUUCUUACAAAUCCAGUUGAAAUAUACACAUAUAAAGAUUCAGAUUAUUUAUAUCUAACAGAUUAAGAUACCUUGUCUAUUAAUAGUUAAUUACAAAUAGUAUUAUGGCCAAUAGUUAAUCCCACUUUAACUUAUACAAUUACAUUUGAUGAUCCUUUAGUUUAAACUAAUGUUUAUCCUUAAACCAAUGCUUAAAUAACUAUAGUAUAUACUGCAAAGGUUGGUAUUAGUCUAACAACAAAAACUGUAUUUGGUUUGGAAGUCCCAUCAGAUUUUUAAGGAGUUCCAGAAUGUACAUUCAAAGAUCCAAAUGAUGUCAUGGUUGAUGUAACAUGUGAUUUUGGACUUGGAUUUUUAAAUAUUACAAAUGUAUUUGAUUACUAUGAUUCUACUAUUAAAGGAGCUGUUAUAACUAUUAAAGGUCUUUUAACACCAGAAAAUGCUGGAAAUUUUCCUAUUGGAGUGUUUGUGUAAGAUCAAAAUAAUGUUUAUUAUAAUAAUGAUACUUUUGUAAUAUCACCACCAACAUUUAAAAAAACUACAGGAGCUCCUGAAUUAACUACAGCAGUUAGUUAAUUAUCAAUUCAUUAAAAUUAAUAGACUGCUAUAUAGAUUUAACUUCAAUUAGAUUGUGAUGUUUCAGCUGGAGUAAAAAAUAUGAAUGAUCCUUAUGUUCCAUUUACAACUAUAGAAGUCUAUUUUUAUUAGUAUUAUAUUACAAAUAAUGUAUUUGAGUAUGAUUUAGGAUCAGGAUUGCCUGAUCUAUCAUAAUAUGGUUGUUAAUUUUAAGAUGGAUUUGUGACUAGUUCUGGUAAUUAAUUAUCAUGUGCCUUAUUUCAUGGUCUAAAUACUGCAACACCAACAUUUGCAAAUUAUGCAAUGAUUAAGAUUUAAGGUUAUGCAGCAAUUACAGCAACAAAUACAUCACCUGUUACUAUUUCUUUGAAAAUACCAGUGAAAUAUCCAUCAACUAUUGGAGCUAUUCCUAGAAUAAGAGUUGAUCUUGUAAAAUACAAUCAAAAAAUCAAAUCUAUAUUAAGGUCUUAAUCAUUUAAUAUUGGAGCUGUUAAAAAUUCUGUUGGAAAUGCUUUAACUGUAUUUAGUGGGCCAGUAUUAGAAAAUCCUAAAUUAUAAGUAGAAACUACUUUAACUUAUAAAUUUAAAACAGUUAUAAGUUUAUCUAAAUCUAAAUUAAAUGGAAUAUAUUUUGAAAUACCUAGUGGAUUUACUUUCAAUUCUAAUAAAUUAUUAGUAAGUAUUGAUGGUGUCUAUUAAGAACCAGAAGUCAUCUAAUAUUUUCCUAAAUUUAUUUUUAUAAUGACUAAAUUGUCCUAAUUAUCAAAUGGUAUAACUCACACAUUGAUUUUUGAAAGAGUAGAUAUACCAGUUAGUCUUCCAUCUUCAAGUGUAACUCAUGACAUUAAAACUGCAUCUGGUGGAUAAUUUGCUGAUACAGCUACAUUUACAAUACCUACUUUAACUAAAGGAUCUCUUCUAGAUAUUAGUUUAACUUUAUCAUCAGAUUAUUAAUAGCAUCCUUAUGUUAAUUAUUCAAUUUCAUUUACAACAUCUAUGAAAUCAUAUGAUGGAUCAAUGAUAAUAAUUGAUUUCCCAUUAGGAUAUGAUAUAUAAGCAUCCAAUGCUUAUUUAGAUAAUAUACCUUAUACAAAUUUAAAAAACUCAACUACUAACACUAUUAAUUAUGAUAUGCCAACAAUUAGAAAAUUCAGAGUUCUUAACUUUGCUCCAUUAAUAAAAGGACAAAGAGUUUCUAUAGGUAUUUAUAGUGUAAAAAACCCUAUGAGUGGUACAUUUACAAUUGGAAUUUCUACAGUGGAUAAAAAUGGAAAUGUAAUAGAAGAUGGAUCAAAAUAAGUUACAAUAGGAUCAACUAUUUUUUCAACUUAAAUUUUAACAGUAACUUCUGUUGAGUCAACUCCAAAUAAUAAAAAAGCUUUAGGAUUAUAUACUUGGAAUGUGAAUGCAGAUUUUACAAUUCCAAAAUUAAGUGAAAUUAAAUUACUACUUCCAGGAAUGCUCUCUAUCUAUUCAAUAUCUGCAGAUAUUGUAUCUUGUAGAAUAGUUUAAGAUUCAGUUAUUCCACUUAAAGAAUGUUUGGCUAUUGAAAUUAGUACUCCAUCUUAUAUUUAAAUGAUUACUGAUUAUCCUAUUAAAGGUAAGCCUUUUAAAAUAGAAUAUUAUGGAUAUUUAUAAUUAGAUAAUUCAUUAAGUGGUUUUACUAUAUCUAUUACUUAUAAUUCUUAAGUAAUUGCAACAGGAUUAUGUCCUACUGUUGCAGUAACUGAUUAAAUAACACCAUCUAAAGUGAUAUUAGAUUUCUAUCCUAAAAAUGAAGGAGAAAUUGCAUAUUACAAUUUUAAUUUAGAAAUCACAAGUGCUUUUACAUUAACAACUAAUCAUUAUAUUUUAAUAAGAUUUCCUUUUGAAUAUGAUUAUAUAAUUGGAAUUGAAAAGAUGUAAGUUAAAAGUAAUACUCUUUAAGGAGCAUUAAAGAUGACUAUUAUACCAUAUCAUAUUAAAAUAACUGGAUUUUAUUAAUUGACUAAUUUUAUUGGCAUAUUAGAUAUUAGUCUAUUAGGAGUGAUUAAUCCAAAUAGAUUGAAUAACUAAGCCACUGGAACAUUUUUAUUUGGAAUAAUGGAUGGAAAUAAUAUGGUAUUAGGUAAUACUGCAAUAGAUGGUGUAAUACCACAAUUAGCUCCUUUAUUGAUCUAAUUAAAUAAAAUAACAAGUAGUGUAUCAUUAAGUAGAUAUGCAAGUACAUUUACAUUUGAAGUUUAUCCUCUUUAAAAAGUAUUAGCAACAGUUUAUGGAGGAUAAUUGUAUGUAGAUUUUCCUAAUAAUUUCAUAAUUGAUUAAUUUAAUGGAGGUUGUGAAACUACAUCACAAUUUUCAUUUUUUGCUUCUUGUAAGUGGGAUUAUUUUAGAUUUCUAUUUUAAACAAAUAAUUAAGAUUGGUAUGCUGAUAGAACAGGAUAACUUGAUUUGACAAUAACUAAUGUAUUGACUCCAGAUGAUGAUGGAGAAACUAAUAAUUUCAUUAUUUAUAAUUAUGAUUCUAUAAAUAAAAUAGUAUUAGGAAGAACAUAUGCAAAUCUUCAUUCUGCAUCAUUAUUAUAUAAUUAUGAUGGAUUAUAAAUUGAUGUUAAUCUUAAAUAACCAUUUAUUUUGGAAGUUGGAUCUUAUUCAGAUGAAAUCAUAAUGAAUAUUACAGAAAAAGCAGAUUUCACUUUGACCCUAUCUCCAAAUGUUUUGGACUCUUAAAUUAUCAUUACUCCUAAUCCAGUCUAAAUUGUUGCAGGUAGCAAAUAAGCUAAAUUUAGAGUGGCUGCUCCAAGAACUAUAUUAUUAUAGACUUAUUAUAUUUAAUGGAGUAAGACAGGAGAUACUUUACCUGUAACUUAUGCUCCUUUGAGAUUGACACCAUUACAAAUGGUUAAAGGAACUUUAAAGAGGAAAUUAACAAUUGAAAAGAUGGAAUAUAUGCCUAGAAAUGGUACAUCAUAUCCACUUUACAUAACAACAAAUAAUCCUCCAUAUUAAUAGUUAUUAAUUAGAAUAGGUUUCAAAAUGAAUAUAACAGCUGAUGUACCUUUAAGAUAGAAAUGGUUUAUUACAGAUAAAAGAUUAGAAUAACUUGGUCUCACUUAUGCUGAAUUAGUUGAUAGUGGAAUUGAUGUGACAGAACAUUCUAUAGCCAAUCUAUCUAGUACUCAAUUAGAUAUGGCUAAAUUAUAAUAUUCAGUAAAUUAUGAUCUAAAUAUAUCAAUCGAUUAUCCUAGUAAUGAAAAUACUAUCACACUCUAUUAUAGAUUACGUGGAUAUGAUGCUGAUUCAUUCGAACUUGAUGUUUAAGAAAUGAUUAUACCAAUAAGAGAUUAAGAAUUUAGAAAACCUAAAAUCCUUGAAACUAAAGUACUUGAUGUAUCCAGAUCUACUGCCACUUUCUAAGUAACUACUGAUAUCAAAGGAUUCAUUUUUUAUGUAUAUGCUGAUUAACAUAUGCCAAAUCCAAUAUUUGAAGAAACAAAAGUCCCAAAUCUUGAUAAUGUCACACUUUCUUAUUCUAAUCCACAAUAUGGUAUAGAUUAUGUUAGAACAAUGACCUUAGAUGUAAAUUUUACUAUUUCUAAAUUGUAACCUAAUCACAAUUAUGAAAUCUUCAUAUUUGUCAUGAAUUUAAAUAAAGUAGAUAAUCCCACCUUUAUGAAGGUCUUCUUUUAAACUCUUAAGUCUUAAAGAAUUGCACUUUUAACACUUAAAAUUAAUUAAGCUGCUAUUGAUAAUGAAGUUAAAAUGGAUUACAUAUAAAAAAUGGGUGAAAUGAUUGGAAUUACUAAAGCUAGAUUAUUAGAAAGAACAACAUUCUGUAAAUAGACCACUUUAGAUACCUCUACAUCUAAUUCAUAUUUAUUCUGGAAUUUAAUGAUACUACCUGAUCCUUCAAAUAUGAAUGAAUUUACUAAACCACUCAUUUUAGCUUAAACCCUAAACUCUAGAAGAUCAGAAAUAUAAAAAUUUAUUACUAGACUUGAUGAUGAACCAUUUUAUACUUUGGAAGAAAUUUCAGAUGAUAUUCCUAGUUUUGUUAUUAAUCCUGAAAUGAUUGAUCGUACCACAUCAUCAAUAUCUCUGAGAUUUAAAGUCUCUUAUUGUGGUAAAGCAUAUCUUACAGUAAGAAAAAGAGAAAUGUCUUAAAAUUUAUCUAUUGUAAAUGAAACCAUUUUUGCUUAAGAGCUUAAGACUGUACAAUUUCCAUCAGCAUAUUAAAUUAAAAAUGCUCUUAAUGAAUCUAAUCAACCAAUCAAUUAAACAAAAAUAACAAUUUAAGACACAGAAACCUUCUAUUAAUAUAAUUAUACAGAUUUAGAUGUAUUUAUAUAAUUUUUCAUUUAAGUAAAAAACGGUGUAUGAUAUUUAUAUUUCCCUUGAAAAUGAUUUCAUAGCUAAUCCAGAAUUAUUUAGCAAUGACUCUGUUGCAAGAUUCACUGCCAAAACACAAAAGAUAAUAAGUAAUUCACAACUUAUAUAUUUUAGUUCCCUUAAAUAUUUACAGUAUCAAUUAUUAAGAUCUGCUAAAAUUUUUAAUGAUUAUCAAUAUAUUAUUAGUGAUUUGA